CAAUUGAAAUUAUACGCGAAUCAGAAAAUUGAAAUGCGAUAAAAUGACUGUCAAUUUUUUCCCCUAGCCCCGUAGAGCCAAUACAACCGAGAGUUACGUCAAACGAGGUAUACCAGAAACCGACACGCGAACUUCGCAUAGCGCUCGGAAAUCUUCCCACCAUACUUCCCACAGCUAUUAUCCGAAUCAUCGCACACGCGCGUUUGAGAAUUUGUCGUCUGCUGGUCUGUCAUUUUAUCGCAUUUUUGGAGGCUCGCGUGUGUGUUUUGAACAUUGACGAGGGCAUGACGAGGGACGCUAAUAUUACGUAUAAAUAGGCUCGUAGUUAGUAGUCGCUGUGCUCGGUCAGGGAUCGAUUUUCUCUGCUGAAAUAGAGGUUCACAACGUUUAUUCUGCAUCAGACUAGACCGUCACUGCUACCCGUUAUUCAUUCUCGCAUGCAUUUAUUUAUAUAUGUACAUAUUGCGUGUAUGUCUAGUCGUGCAAUGAAACGGUUUGCAUCGUAUUCUUAAAUGAGUUAGCACGAUAAACGCUGAGGCGUGAGUACACACGUGAAAUAUUGCCUGCACGCUUACAAUUAGAUCUACCCCGCGAAAAUGGAGAAAAAAAAGUCAGCGCUUCAGCUUCAGAUUUACAAAGUGAUUGCUAACGUCGAAAAUCUUCCUUCGCAUGUAGCACAUUCAUGUAUGUUAUACAUGCAUACAUACAUACAUUCUUGCAUCUGUCUCGCAUGCACGAAUAACGUAGAAGAAAGUUUUCAACAAUCAUCAUGUUUUCGAAUUAUAUCUACAUUAUAUUUGGGUCAGCAUUGAUAUCUUUGGCACAUGGUGAGGAUAUCCAAGUUUCCAAACUCUUCAUCCUGUCUAUAACUCCGGAAACAUUCAAUUGGAGAGUCGAUGAACGACACGAUCAAUUCCUGUACAAACCGUCAUUAUUGAACGCUCCAGAUCUGCCGCCAUGGAUACAUUACACGUACAGUAAGAAAGACGAGAGUGGUUACUUAUACGGAGUUGCGCCAUCUGAGCAAGAUAAUUUAACGCUAGAAGUUGUCGCUUUGAAUAAGAACAAUUACGAAACCAGACAUAAGAUCUUGGACUUCAAUGUCCUGAAGAAAGUAAAUCCUGCCAAAAAUGAGGUCAGACUAAAAAUUGAUAAUCUUAACGUCGACGACCUGUUCAACGCAACUCGGAUCGACCAGUUACUGGAUAUAUUCAAAAAUGACUUAUGGAAAGAUGCUUCGGAUCUCUACGUAACAUUUUUGGCAUCUGCGAUAGAAAUGGGAGCACGAUUACCACUGAAACCAGAAGAAGGCGAGGGAGUGGUCGUACGGCUUGGCAGCUCGGCUUCGUUCUCUCAAGAUAUGCUUACCUUACAGGAAGAAGUGAAACCUCUGCAAAAAGUAUUGCCUUGCCCUCGAUACUAUAAACGUACAAGUGUUGAGAGGUACUUUCGAUCGAGAGGAUUCAUUCUUGACUGGUGUUCCUUCAAAUUGAUCGAAGAGCAUCACAGUCAUCAUCAAGAGAGCGCGAGACGAGACCCUAACAUGGAUGUGACAAGAUUGCCGUCUUCGGAAAUAUCUGGACAUACCGAAUGGCGUUGGGCGAGGCCUACGAAAGCAGGCACGCCGACCAGAAGUUACUUCAAAGAGAUGGCAACUACCGUUCUUAUUCCUGCCGGACUGCUAUUUGUUUUGGUCGGCUUUCUCUCAGCCACGCUGUGCUUUCACCAUGAUAAAGGAAUUGAUCCCGAGUCGCAUAGAUAUUUUCACGAGUUGUUUAACGUUUUCACCGGUAGGAAACAGAUGGCAAGCCCUAAAAGAGAACCCACUCCCGUCGAAGGACUCGGAAAUGGUUCUGAAGUUCAAAUGGUGCAGUAUGCCUCGUCUCAGAGAGGCACUCUGAGAUCUUUGUCAGCACAGCCAUCGAGUCCCAGCGACUCUUUGACACGUGGUUCAAGGACGACCACCGAGCGUACAAAUCCUUAUGUACGACCGAAUCCGCCGCCAUACAUGGGAUCGAACAACGUAGGUGGAAACCGAGCUGAUUUCUGACUACACGAGGAGCCGGCAGUGAUGUGGUAUUGCUGAAGAGUGAAGAAAGAAGAAAAA